AUGAGCCACGCCUUCCUGUCUCUGUUCCCCCCGCCCCCCACCACAGCCGAUAUCAUCUCUACCGUCGAGUUCAACCAUACUGGGGAGCUGCUGGCCACAGGCGACAAGGGUGGCCGAGUUGUCAUCUUCCAGCGGGAACCGGAGAGCAAAAAUGCGCCACACAGCCAGGGCGAGUAUGACGUCUACAGCACUUUCCAGAGCCACGAGCCAGAGUUCGACUAUCUCAAGAGUCUGGAGAUAGAGGAGAAAAUCAACAAGAUCAAGUGGCUCCCGCAGCAGAAUGCCGCCCAUUCCCUGCUGUCCACCAACGAUAAAACUAUCAAACUAUGGAAGAUUACCGAACGCGAUAAGAGGCCCGAGGGUUAUAACCUGAAAGACGAGGAGGGGAAGCUUAAGGACCUGUCCACGGUGACGUCGCUGCAGGUGCCGGUGCUGAAGCCCAUGGACCUAAUGGUGGAGGUGAGCCCGCGGAGGGUCUUUGCCAAUGGCCACACCUACCACAUCAACUCCAUCUCUGUCAACAGCGACUGUGAGACGUACAUGUCGGCAGACGACCUGCGUAUCAACCUCUGGCACCUGGCCAUCACCGACCGGAGCUUCAGUAUCCUUUCCUGCUGCGGCCCUGCUGCCGACUCAGCGGGCUGGGCGCCCCAGGUCAGGCAUCAGUUGGCCUGUUGUAAGCGAGCUGGCUGGGGGCUGCCACUUUGUUCCAUCCCUUCAGCCGGGUGCCUCCUGGCUCACAGGGUGACCCCCAUCAUCUGGGGCCUCACAGGGAACCCAGAAGGAGAUGGAGACCUGG